ACUUUUUUGUAGUUUAAGAUUUUAUUAUAUAGUUAUUUUUACAAACACUAUACCCCUUUAAUUAAGUGUGCUUGCCUAUACAUAGGAUAUUCCCUGUUUAUUUUUCUAUACCAAAACUUUGCAUUUAUGCAUCUUAAAACCAGUCUCUACUUUGAUUAGAUUUUUUAUUUGUAAAAUAAAUAACUGUAAAAUAAAGAUGCAUUUAAUAUAAUUUUUGUCCUAUAUUCACCAAAACUCUCAAUCACAAAGAUGAACCUUCAACAAAACACACAUAAAAAGCAGUUUGCAGUAAUACUUUUAUUAAUUCAUUAUGUGGAACAUAAUGGGGAUUUUUAAACAAACAUUCAUGGUAUUUUGAGGUGCAAUUUAAUUCUUGUCAAGUGAAGUUAUAAACAAUGCAUUCUGCAUUAGCAGCAAGCAACUAAUGGUCUGCCACAGUGGACCAAAUUGCCAUAAGCUGGCCAGUGGCCUGCCAACGGAGGCCCAACCAUGGCAUACCACUGGCGACGUGCCACCCAAAAAACGCUAGUGGACCGACGAGUGCUUGCCGACGGUCAGCUGACGGAGGACCAACCAUGGCAAGCCUCUGGCAGCAUGCUACCUAAAAAACGCCGGCAGACCAAUAGGUCAUUGUUAGAUGGGAAGUCAUUAUUAUGAGAAAGUUUCUCGUUAUUACGAGAUACUUCCGCUUAUAAUUUGAGAUACUAUCUCAUAAUAAUGGCUUAUUGUCUCAUUAUAUUGACUUACAACAUAAAAUAUUUUUAGUUAACUGUGGUGGAAACUGGCUUCCAUAUUAAUCAGACCAAAAAGUUUUUUUGUUUUUUGUUUUUUUGAGAGAAAUUCUGGACUAAUGUUCAAUGAAUAGUUGAUACAUUGUCAAUGAUAAUUACCAACCUGACCCCUCAUACAUGAGGGUAGCAGUGCAUGAACAAAUGUUAGUUUACAUAACUAGUUCCGAGCUCGCACCAUUAUUGAUUUCUGCAGCGGUCACUAAUACUAAACAGUCUGCUAGUAUUUGUAACCAGUAAAAAAAAAAAAAAAAUGAAUAAUGGACUACCAUGUUGCACAGCUUCGUGUCCACUGACUGCGGUUAUAUGUUGACCUUGAUCUGGGGAAGCAAGUAAAUUUAGAUCACUCACAUAAUUAUUGAAUUUUACAUGAGCGGCAUGAGGACUAUUCUGGUCUCCACCACGCUGGUUGGGGUUGUUUGUGUCAGGUAUGGCAUGUGGGCUCUGAUUUCUCCUGGAGAAGAGAGAGAAAAGGAGUUAUUAAAGAAUCUGCCUGAGGCUAACCCUGUCCAUAUGGAGGAGACUAAGAGGAGAAAUGCCCUCAUGCUCCAAGUUCUGAAGGAUGCUGCAGAGACUAAUGAUAACAUUGCAUGGGGAUUUGGGAGUCAGAAAUGA